AUGACCUUUAAAGUUUGAACAUUGUAGUCCCUAUUUUUGAGUUGUGUUGUAUAGCUUGUAGGUUUACUAAGACGUUUUGUCUACCAGAAUAAAGUUCACUGAAUGUCGUCUGUACAAUUUUGUGACUCAACUGACGCUAAUGAUCAAAUAACUCAGAAUGGAUACAAUCAAUUCAACAUUCUUUGUCCGCGAUGUUCCAGUAUUGUUCUUCGCAAGAAUACAGCAAAGCUAGCCAACAAACAACACAACUUGCCCGUAUUUGCUAAAAAAUCGGAACUAUCUAAUCCCUCCAAAGAAUUCCCUACGGAACUAACUGAAGAAUUUUGGUGUGUUAACGAUAUGUACGCAUUUGAAAAUGUUGGAUUUACAAACAGCGUAAGCACAUUUCGUUACCUAACGUGUGCUGAUUGCGAUCUUGGGCCAUUGGGUUUCCAUGAUACUCAGGAAGGUCCAACUAAUGCAUAUUAUAUUGCGCUAACCCGUACCACUACUGAAGGUAAAUCAAGCUGUAAAAAAUAAGUACUUAAUGAAGCACUAUUCAAAUGAUGCUGUAUCAAUAGUAUGGUUCGCCUUUGAGAAAAAAUCCUACUUACUGAACGCUCACCAGUGUAAAACUGUCAGCAGACCAGUCCCAAUAAACUAAAUUAAUCGAGUUUUGUAUUAUUUGCCACUAAAAGGAUUACAUUUUUAUUCCUGCAAGUAAUCUUUCGUAUUCUUAGUGACAUUAUUUUAUAAUUAUCGUUUGAUUUUCAAGUUUGUAUUCCAUAUGAUUUACUCACUGACAUGUGGCAUAAAAUUCUUGGGUAGUUUUCCUUAAUAUUAGAUCAAACCAUUAGGAGUAAUCCAUGAUGGAGUUACUAAUUAUGCCAUGCAGCUAUUCAGUGGCUAAUUGUCUCUACCAUUCGGUCAUCAUUGGAAACGUUUUAGACAACAGACCAUCAGGACGAGACUAUAAUUUAUGGACGGAUCAAUCAGACUUACGAUAACAGGUCUUAAAUUUCGGCGCAAAAUUAAUUUAUUUAUGUGGCUAAAGAGUUUCGGGAUUAUAGCUGAUGUCAGUUCGUGAUGAAAAGCUUCAAUCUAAUUCCUAACCCUAACUAUCAACUGUAAAUACUAAUCGUAAUUCCCCAUACUGGCUUAUAACACCGAUUUGGACGUAAUAUGUACGUGGACACUCUCAAGGUCUUUUUAGCGUCGCUCGAAGUCGUCCAUAAAUUAUAGUCUCACUACCGUCAGCGCUGCUCACCAAGUAUUACUUUUAAAUUUCUAAGGAAAAGCAUCUGGUGAUUCAGAACAUGGUUAAUUAUUCUGGACAGAAUCUCCUUUAGCGAGAAUAUGGGAAAGUAAUAGAUAUCGAUGGUGAGGUUUCCAGUUAACUACUCAACAAAGCAGUUUGAAGGCACUUUGGUUGAACAUCCAUAUAUUUUUCGUAUAAUGUAUUUUGACUUACUACUCAUCUUAGCAUGUGGAGAAUCUGGAUUUAUUCAAAUGCAACUUUGCAUUUUUGUCAAGUACCAUUUUUAUUGAUGGAUGUAACGCCAAACCAGUGACAAUGAAAUUAACGUGCGCUUGUAUUUUCAAGUCGUUCAAGUUUACUUUUUCCACAUACUUGGCAGAAAGACUUAAAGGAUUCGAAAGCGAAUUAAUAAGUACGAGAUCUAUAAAGAGAAUAAAUGUUGGGUUAAUUUUAAAUAUCAUAUCCCUCUAAAAAGUGCUUUAUUGAAAUAAUUUCACUGAUAACUUCGAAGGUGGAUGUAUAGUAUUUUAAGGAUCUAAGGACUUUAGGAGUAGACAUAUACUCCCCAAGUAUACUGUCUAUUGCUAAACAAUAACUCACAAAUUCAUUAAACAACUACUAAGCAUUUUCAACAUUUUAACCGCUGGACGUGAAACUCAAAAAACAUUGGUAUCGUAUUCAUUAUAUAUUUAGGCCACUAUGUGAAAUUUGUGGUAAUCACUAUGGAAAAAAAUUGAUAUCACAGAACUUCAGUUACAAAACUUUGGGUAAUAAUUCAAAGUAUAAGAUGUUAAUUAACUAAACGGUUAAGAAAUUCUACCAGUUUUUUGAACGGCGCCGUAUAUAGACAGCAAGUUCAUGGAAAAGAAAACUUAUAGGUAUAACAGAUGUCAUUAACCAAAAUAAUCCUGUUACAAAUACCCAGGCUCUGCUGAAAUGAUAAAAAGGAAAGAAAAUGACUUAAUAUAUAUAAACAUGAGUUGCAUUACAAAAUUUACUCGACUUGUGUGCCCGCUAAAAAAUGCAGUGUAAUGAGUAUCAUAGCUUAAAGAUCGCACCUUUUCCGCCCAAAAAUAUUGUCCCUCAAAUGAUGUAUAGUAUAUUAGCUGACAAACUAGUUCUUCCAAUGCUUUAAAAAUUCCCAAUACGGAUGAUAUAUACGAGCUCACACAUGUUCACAGAAAGUGAAUCUUAGCUUAGUUUACGGCAGACAGUCGAAAUUAAGUAGCAAUUAGAAAACUACCACUCCAAACAAUUGUUUACACAGAAAAUAAUGUCAGUUAAUCUUUUUCACAACCUACCUAUAAACAUCAUAAAUGAAGGUGCAAUCAUGUGGAAGUAAAAACCAAUCGAAGUAUAUUUUUGGUGUGCACACAGAUGUGAGGGCUAAAUUAGUAGAGUAGAAAGUGAGCGUAACACAAACAGUCAGUAAAACGAUGGACCAAGCACGAUUAGACUUGCUGACAAAUAUAUUCAUACACGAAAAAUACCAAUCUCCUUCGAAAUUUUGUUUCUUGAGAUAUAUAAACGAUAAAAGCAAAAGGAUUUCAUUAAAUAAAUUUAAUGCACAACUCUUCAGAUAAUUUUUUGUAGUGCACAAAGUGUACGGGUUUCAAGAGUCAGUGUUAAACAGAUUUGGAUUGAACCGCGAAAUGUGACAAAUUGUAUCAUUUCUUUAUUAACAAUGGAUUUUUUUUACUUACUUUGGGCCAACUCGAAAGUAACUUCGAGGACUGGUAUCUGAUUGUUGCAUAUAUACUCCUCCACAAGAUUUAGUUCUUAGGUUAACGUACGAUGUGAAUAACCCCAGUUUAUGUUAUGCGGUAGUGCCUCAUAUUCAGGUUGAUAGGCAUGGAAUACAAGUGAGGUGUAGGUUUGCAAAUACUUCUAGCAUGGUUGAUGUAUGAGUGAGUACAUCAGAUAACAAAACUGUAUGUCAUGAAGUGAAGGCCAUUUAAACAAUUCAUCGAUUUGUAUAUCGAAGUGAUGUUAAAGCGGCAGUGUUAUUCACUUAGCAAUUAGUGAUAUCACAAAUGAUUAGGUUUGAACAUAUGAUUCAACAUCCAAACUGGAGAAAUGAAUAUCAUUUGCAAUAAUCUGCGAAAUUUAAGUGAAAAAAAAUGCACGCCGUAUGGGUUCUCACGAUAGGGAAUUUAGGGUGUGAUAACCUAGUGGACAGCGCCGCCACUCAGAAAUUCUAACCAUGAAAUUCAGCAACUAGUCAGAUAUCUGUCACCUGAAACAGCGUGUUUCCAUCAUAAUAUCAAGUAAUUGAGGUUUUUGACUACGUUUUUUAACAUAACCUCUGUAGAUUAAAUUAGUGAUCUCGUGAAGCUUGAAAAUUUUAAUUCUUAGGUGACGACUAACCCCAAUCAAUUUGACCUGAUCACUUUACUUGUCGGUGCAAAAACAUGUGUAUACUGCACAAAAUAAAUCAAUGGUAAAUGGUUCCGCAAUGUAAUUGAGGUGAAAUAUUUGCUAAACGAUUUGAUUUUCAACUUGGGUCAUAUAAUUUUUCUAAGCGUUUGGUUACUUUCUAUGUAUACAUAUAGAUGAUAUUAUGUAUGCGUUUCAUAUACGCUCAUGUAUAGAGACUCGUGUGUUGCACUGAAACUUUUAAUAUUUGCUAACCAGCUACUCCCAGAACAUAAAAUGGUGGUUUUGCGGUUUCUACUUUUAAAAAACUUAACUGACGACCUUUGAACUAUGCCAAUGGGAAAAAGCAAACGUCACUCACAUUAGUAUCACGAAAUAUACAUACAGUGUGUUUCCAUAACCCAAAUACAGUGAGCUUACUUCCAUUUUUCUCUGGUUUAUUUCCAAGAUAUUGGGAAUCUAAUAACAAAUAUUUGACGUAACAGAAACAUUCUUUUGUAAGGGAAUUUUUCGUAUAAAAAUUACAGAACAAAAAUCAAAUUUUAGAGCAUAUCAACCCAUGAGGGAUCUCAAGUAAUUAUAGCCAACGUAAUGAUCCCAAAAUUUCGACGUCUGUACAUAGAUUGUCAAGGUGUAACUCCAUUAAAACCCAUCAGUGUAUAUAACAUUUGAAUUAACCCGAAAUAUUUGGGUUAACGUAGCUAUUUAUUUAAGUCGAUUCGUUUUACAAUGGAUUUCGAUGCUGGAAGGAGAGCCUUCUCAACGAUGCCUCAUUACGACUGAGGUUUCUAGAUUCCUUUAGUCUUUUACACUUACCAGGACUACGUUGCAUUUCCUAAAACCUCUAAAGGCGAUCACUUUAGGUAAGUAGCCUUUCGUUGUCAAUAAAUUCCGUGUAUUGGUUUCAAUGUAAGCCACGCACGUAUACACGAAAUUUAGAUGACUUGUAUCAACAGAUGAUAAUGUGUCUAAGUAUUGUUUAUCUCUAUUCACACUGUUUAGUUCAGUCGUUAGCGGUUUUCAUUUAGUCAGCGUAUAACUUCCGACCUAUACUAAUAUUCCACUUAGUGUGGACAAGUUAGAAUAGCAUGUCUUGGUUGACCACCGGAUUACAUAGAUACUCUGUUUACACAUCAACUAUGGCUAAAAAUUAGAGGUGGUUUUAAUGUCCAGAUUUUAACCGAAUGGUCACAGAUUUGUACUCCAUAUUACCUGCUUCAUUAGUAACACUAAAACUCCUUGAGGGUCACAAAUAUAUGCCAAAGAAAACUUCCUACAGCUAAAUCUACCUACCUAACAAAUUACAAACAAAAGCAAACUAACUUGACAGGAUUGUAUGGUGAAGACUGCGUGUAUGUAUAUUUCGUAUAAUUUGCACAAGGUGUAAGCAAACCACAACGAGAAUAUUGUACAUUAUUAUUUCUCUAUAGAGUAGCUUAUUCUCCAAAUUUACAGGUAUAAGCAUUGUGAAAUACCAUAACAAAAGAGUAGUAACUGAACAUUUGUAAAUCACAUUAGUAUCACUUUGUGGAAAGAAACAAAAAAAACAGGUAAGUUUUUUAUCAGUGAAUUUGAAUUAAAGACUUCAGUAUUUGGUUCACUGUUUUGCAAAUUUACGAACAACUCGAGUUAAAUUGAUGGAUUUCCAAUAAUCAUAAGUCGUUUACGAAUGAAUAUCACAUUUGCUUACAAUCAAGAUGCUCUUAUUCCAUUUAGGCACAUGUUGCACGUAAUGUGUUUUAAGUUGAAUAAAAUAAAACUGCCGGGAAACACUAGGAGUUGCCUCAUUUAUAGUUAAACCUUCCCACAAAUUAGAAUACGCAAAUAAAAAAGUGUACCAAAAUAUGAAUAGCUUGAAUUAAAAAAUCUGAUAUCAAGAGAUAAUUUGAUGAUGUUAUUAACUCAGUCAUGUGGUACAACUGCAUUGAUUCAAGGGGAGGUGGCAUAAAAAACUAGAUAUUGUAAAGAGAUUUGUUAAUGAUCUAUCCAGUUGUCUAAAAUUUGCAAGUGGUGCGGGUAGGAUUUACUUUAUUGGCAUAAAUGCAACCGGUAGGAAGUGUCUAGUUCCUAGCAGCUUUUGUCUGGACACUAUGCAUUUUUCCCAGCUUCCUGGCACCUAUUGUCAUGACAGGUAAGGAUAAAUCGAAUAUGUCCGGGACAUUUCAGUUGGUGACUUAACCUCAUGAGUAAUCACAAAGAAAGGGAAUUGUUCUGAAGACAGUUAAUGACAGUAAACGUUGUAUUUGGAACGUAGUGGCAACAUUCCAGCCAAACAAUGAGACUAAAUUAACAAAUAAAAUGCUUAUCCGGCGUAGGUUAUCAAUACAGGAGAAAUAAAAUAGUGAGUUCUAAACAUGCCUUCUGUGAUGUCGAAAAAUCUUAACAACUCGUACCAACAUGCAGAUAUUUAAUUGGGAUUAUUUUAUUAAAUAAAAACCCUCAAAAAACGUUCCAAUUGAUGGAGUUAUUUGUAAUAAAAAACACUGAAUUCAUCUGAUCUUAACACAACUAGAUACGAUAUGACCAUUUGUGCCACUUAUGAUACCAUUAAUACUUAUCCCUCGCUGUGAUAGAUCAAGUAUAAUGCUAUUGAAUUUGUCUUCAUAUGUACAAAAGUACUGAUUCAAAAGUGUAGUUGUUGAACCAAAUUAUGUCCAGUACUGAGACAUUCAACGUGGAAUCUAAAUCCACUGACUAUAAGUGAGUAUUAUGCACUAACAAACAGUUAUCAGACUUAUCUGUAUUUUGAAAAUAUCAACGUCUUUAUGUUAUUUGAUCUUUUAGCUACACUGGAUUAUUUUCUUAACUUGGAUGCAGUCUCAAUAGGUGUAGGAGAAAGCGUGAGAACAAACAUGAUCACAUAUUACGACGCUUCUAGGUUAUGACCAUAUGUUUUUACACAAGAAUUAAGUUGACAACCAUAUUAUUCGGCCACUUUUUUAGUUACAUGUAAAGUAACACAUGAAGCCAGCCUUGUUGGAUCAAGUUAGCGAUUACAGUGAGAUUAUAUCGGCUUUUUAAAUACAAUGCGAAUUUAUAACCAGAUAUUUUAAAUGUUUGCUACCGAAGUCCAGUUCCCGCUUAGUGAAAAAGAUUUCAAGAAAAAUACGACGUUUCUUUAAUUCGAAUUGUUUGCAGGAUCGGAAGGAACCUCACAUUAGUAGAGACAGGUGAUGAUGUAGAUCGUAAGAUAGCAAAAGAUAAGGCAUUUAGGGAUCUGAUUUUGAAACAGUUAAACGAUACAGGUGAAAGUGAAUCAUUCUUUAAAAGAGUACUGGUCAACUUGGGACUACUUAAUCCAAACAGCCUAACAGUAUGAAGACUUAGCAGAUAAAUCACGGAUAAUCAGCGGGCCAAAUAUUGUUACUAAUGAAAUUGUCUUUGUAAGUCAUCGCAUGCAAUUCAAGGAAUAAUUUUUGACUUUAUGUGAUGUAUUAUCCAUAACAUUAAAAAUACAAGAAUGUUUUACCUACGAAUACGUAAAUAGUGAUAAUUUGAAAUACAGUGUUGGCACUAAAAUUCGACAUUUUAAGGUGCAACUUGGUUACACAUUCCUAUUUGUCAUUCAAUUCUAAAAUAUGUAUGCAACCACAAAUUUUGUUGACAAACGGUUGUUUGUUCUGACGGUCCCAUUGAGCUUCAAUCAAUACUAUUUUUCAUAAGUUAGUUAUUAUCACUAAAUGCGUCAUAUAUUUGAUUGUAACAAGGGAAAAAAGGAAUAUGUUCCGCUUCCAGAAUAUUUCUCCGGUUUUGAAAACACACAAAGAAACAAAUUAUUAAGCAGGGAGGUUAUUGUAAAAAUUAAAUUUUGUUUGACAAGUUUACUUUUGUAUGGUUGUGACUGGAGGUUUUAUUACCACGUCUAGAUAAAUUUGUACUUAGGAUAUUAGUACGAUGCCCAAAGAUUAAGCCCAACAUAACAUUUUGUGGACUCAAAUCAUUAGGAUUUGUGGCGCGUGGUGAUAAAGAUAUGCGAGAAUGGUUAGUCAUGGGGACACUGGAAGUAUUAGUAUUUGAGCGAAGGGCUUUGUCAUGAAUUAAAUGAUUUUGGGGUGCCGUUAAGGGUAUGAGGACGGUUGUCACUUCCUGACUGCUCACACGAUGUAAGGGUAUUUCUUAUUGACGGAUCUGAAAAGAAUCCGGGUCAGUGGUGAUCUUAGAGACCCGUCAACGUAACCACACAGUCCAAGGGACAACUGCCUGAGGCCAGUCGCGCACGAGAUGUAUUUGAUAAGUUAGCUUCACAUUUUAAAAUGCCUAACCGUCGGAGAUGGAAAUCUGUGGGGUAUGGUGAGGAGUGACAUUUUUAAGGUCGAUCAUUUUUAACCCUACCCUUCUGCUGUAAACGGGGAGCACAACUGAAAACACUGGUUGUCUAAGAGAGAUUGCUGUCAUACCGCUCUACAGUCAGAGGUAUGAAUUCGCCUCGGACCUUAAGUUGCUGCUUUUAUCCUUACCGUUCCCCAACCCACCUGCCUGCAUAGUGGGACCUAAGAGAACAUGUGUUCCAGCCAAUAUGGCUUGGUUGAGUGAUCACGAUAGGGAAGACCGACCACCACAUCAAAGUAACAGAUACGGUCGGGAUCCUUAUCUGUCUAAUUUGCUGGAUUGGUAGUAACUGUUACGCCCUUUUUCUAGAUAAUCUCAAUAACAUCUAACUCCUCAAUAUUUUUUCUUGAUAUGUAGGUAGAGUUCUCUAAUAUUACUUAUCAUUGCUUUCUAAAGAUAAACUAUUUAGAGGGAUAUAUACGGUAGUUUAUUAUUUGUACUAUGCAAUUAUGAGUAUUUAAAUGUAGAUUCAUCCAAUUUACACCUAUCGCUCAACGUUUACAAUCACUACUACUAGAUUGUUCAUUCACGAUCACCACACCUCUCCGUUAGGACUAAAGGGGAAAAGUGGACUAUUUUUGUUGCUACCUUGACUUGGUAGUCGGGCUUGCCUAUCGUGAUGAAGCAAUCGAAAUAUACUGGCUGCAACAAUCGUUCCUCAAGGUCCUACCAUGCCAGACAGGUCGGUUGAAGAGCGGUAAAAGCAACAAACCCAAGGUCCGAAGGCGAAGUCGUACUCUUACUGUACAGAGGUGUGACGGCAGUAAGGUGUUUCCUUCAGACAACCAGCAUAACAGCGACGCUGCCUUCCCAGAAAGGAAGGGUGGGGUUAGAAAAGGACAACCUAAAAAAUGCACGCUUCGCCAAAUCCCGUGGAUUCCCUUCUCCGUCGGUAAGUUCUCAACAAGUACGCAGCUAACGCAAAACCUGCCCGCGAAAACGUCGUUCGUGACCGAUCUCAGGCAGUUGUCCUUUGGGCACUGGGGUCACGCUCUCAGUUCACUAAGACCACCUUUAAUCCAAUUCCCCUUUCAGGUACCUCCAAAAAAAACUGUCCACGGUGUGGGCAACCAGGAGUUGAUAACCGCCCUUAAGACCACUGUAUUCAUCACCAACCUCUCCAGUUCCUAUAAUUCCUCAUACAUCGACCUUCAACACUAGACUUCCUCUUUUGGCUUCCUCCUCAAGUGUCAGCAUGGCCAACGGUCCUAGUGCGCAAAACUGUUCCAGGUCUACUGAAACCUCCCUCCAAACUACACAUUGGAGCCUUUAACGUACGCACCUUAUGUCAAGUCGGCCACUAGGCCUCCUUGACUAAGACCCUAGAACCUCGUACCAUUGAUGUAUGCUACGUCUCUGAAACACGUAUACAGGAUCCUAGUGUGGCCAUUCACUUGACCUCACCUCGGCAAAACGGAGAGCCGACGAGAUACACCCUCAGUGUAACUGGCGACCCGAUGAUUAGUUCUCGUGGACUGACGGUCGUAGGCAUAGCACUAAGUACGAGGGCGGAACAAGCACUAUUAGAGUGGAUUCCCGUUAACAGUUGCCUAUGUGCUGUUCGGCUAAACGGCUGCGUAGGAAUUUGGAAGAAUAGGGACACACGUCGAUGCUUUUCCGUCGUUUCUGCCUACGCUCCCACUGACUGCAGCCUGGAUGAAGUGAAAGAUGGCUUUUACAGAAAGCUUUCUGAACUUCUUCAUAAAGCUAAACGCUCAGACAUAGUACUCGUAGCAGGUGAAUUUAAUGCCCAGGUAUAUAGGUAGGUUAAACCAAACAGAAGGAAAUUUAGAUGGGUAUUUUGGCUCAAUGAAUAGAUAAUGGUGAUCGUUUGUUGCAACUGUGCUCAGACAAUCGUUUAUUUUUAGCAAGCACUAAUUUAAAGCAUAAGGAGAGACAUAGUUUAACAUGGCGACCCCUUGCACCAAACAAACGAUGGACUCAAAUACACCAUAUAGCCAUCAGUUAUCGCAGGAGAGGCUCGAUAGAAGACUACCGCUCGUUCUGGAGUACAUGUUUAGACUCUGAUCAUGCUCUAAUACGAGCACGCACUUGCUUGCGCCUCACUCGACGCGGAAAAGCCAUACUAAGAAGACACAUUAGAAUUUAAUUGAGUGAUGAGAAAGCCGAAACUAGAUUCCAGGAACAACAAGACGGUUCUUCAGACUAAUAAAAAACUGGAACCAAAAAGUCAAAUGUAAGUGAGACUGUCUCGGAAAAAGACGACACUUAUCUGUUCCCAGCCCAGACGUUCAGAACGAUAAAUGAAAAACUUUAAAGAGCAGUUCAACUGGCCUUCAGCUACUCUACAACUACCCACCAUCCAAAUGGAUUAACUCCAUGGGUACCACGCAGCUCUAUUUUGUGAAGACCGACGAAACUCAACGUUUCUUAAUCGCCUUUGACAGUAUUCCUAGCCUUUUAGGAUGAAUGUUUCCCGCUCCAACUCCAUAUUAUUACUUCAAGACAUAUUUGCAUCAGUGCCUAAACUAAUAAUAUGAAUUAACGUAGCUGAUUUUUAAUACCAGUGAGUUAACUGCUAUGAAUUUGUUGUUCAUAGUGUUGUGCUAAUGAGGUAUGACAACUUGGACCAAUAUAUAUAUUUAACUGGUCCUACGUUAUAGCUGAUUGGAUGUUGUUUUUUGGCUGACUUCAGAAUCUCGUGCGAUCGAUGUGUGCUGUCUGCGAAACGCACAUAAACGAUCCCAGAACAGCCAUCCAUUUGACUUCACCUCGUUUAUAUGAGCAAUUGGAGCUGUUUACCUUUCGAGUAUCUAGUGGUGGUUGUACCUUCCCAUUCUUCCACACCGUGUAAGGAUAUUUCUUAUUAAGGGACCUAAAAGGAAAACUGGUUAUCUAAUACGAAUUCAACCAAGUGAUUGCAUACAAGGUGUGAACAUUACCUUCGAUGCAAUCAUUAAUCACUGUACCAUAGUCUGUUGAAUUAAAUCCAUAACGUAGUGAUUAAGUGAAUUCAUUAAAUAUUCAACUUGGAAAUGUGGAAUCACAUGUCUUAUCGAGGUUAAGUGAAAUUCUUUACUUUGCUUGAUCAAUGUAAAUCACGGUAAUUUUACUAAGACGUUUUGUCUACCAGAAUAAAGUUCACUGAAUGUCGUCUGUACAGUAAGUUAAGUGUUUUACUUACACUGAGAUUUGUCAGAUUUUGUGACUCAACUGACGCUAAUGAUCAAAUAACUCAGAAUGGAUACAAUCAAUUCAACAUUCUUUGUCCGCGAUGUUCCAGUAUUGUUCUUCGCAAGAAUACAGCAAAGCUAGCCAACAAACAAGUAAGAAUUUUAAAAUCUAACAUUAGUUUUCUCUCACUGUAACGUCCCUGUUCAGUAAUUAUACACCAGAUGAAUAAUUCGAUAUAUCAGUGUAGAAUGCCUCACAAAAACCCAUAGACUCAAGUUGGGACACAUCUUUCCGAUUUCUGCUUAUACUCUUGCUACCUCUACCACUACGGGAUUUGAAUCGACAACUGCAUCUUUAGGCUAAUGUGGUAUGGCAACUCGAACCGAUAUACGUACGUACGAAGUUCUACGUUGUUACUGACUGAGUGACUGAGAUUCCAAGAACAACAAGACAGUUCUUCAGACUCAUAGAAGAAACUAGAAUCAAGAAGCCAAAUGUAAGUGAGACUAUCUCGGAAAAAGACGACACUUAUCUGUUCCCAGCCCAGACGUUCAGAACGAUAGAUGAAACACUAAGGAGCAAUUCGGCUGGCCUUCAGCUACUCUAUAACUACCCACCAUCCAGACGGAUUAACUCCAGAGGUCUUUAAGGAUGAUGAUCUAGUCUUAGCGAUUAGGUUGACUAAUAUUUUAGCUAAGAUCUGGGAGUUAGACGUGAUCCCAUCUGACUGGUCGCAAUUACUGGUCGUCCCAAUAUAUAAGAAGGGGUCAAAACCAUCCUGUGAUAACCAUCGAGGUAUUAGUUUGACUUAUGUAGCAUCUAAAAUACUAGACUCAAUAAUUAUCGGGCGCCUAAGAGAAAUUUGUGAACUACAAACACGAGAAAAUCAGGCUGGCUUCAGAUGUAAUCAGUAAAUAAAGUUGUCAUUUGCGUAUUCUAACUCAAUAGGUAAAUCUAGUUGAUGAUCUACCUUUGAAGAGCUAAACGAAGAAUUCAAAUAAGCAUAAAGGGAUUUCGUGACCUUAAAGAAUAUUACUUAAUAUUGAGCUAUCGCUUGACCAAUUCAAAUACUACCUUCAAGUUAGGAAAUACCACUAUGGUCGGUAAUCAUAUCUGUGUUCCGAAACCUGACGAAGGUUGAACAUUUGAUUGGUGCAUCUACAUACAGGUCUAAAACCAGUUUGAUUUUCCUAGGUUCAUUCUUCACAAGUCAGUCAGUUAGUAACAACGUAGAACUUUGUACGUACGUACAUCAGUUCGAGUUGUCAUACCACAUUAGCACAGAGAUGCAGUUGUCGAUUCAAAUCCCGUAGUGGUAGAGGUAGUAUGAGUAUAAGCAGUAAUCGGAAAGAUUAGGGUUUGAAGAUGUUAUUCAAGGAAUAUAAUCCAAUGAAAUAAAUCUGGAAAGAGAAAAAAGGGGACAAGGUAGACUCAGGAGAUUAGACUUUGGGAGAACACAAAGAGUGGAUGCACCUGCACCAUUGCACACGAUUUUGAGCCAUGUCAUUAUUAUUAUUAUUAUUAUUAUUAUUAUUAUUAUUAUUAUUAUUAUUAUUAUUAUUAUUAUUAAUAUUAUUAAUGGCUUUAUUCAAUAUUAUAUUUUGGUACAAUAUAGAAUUCUCAGCACAAUCGGUUGCUAUCAUCUCGCGGUCCCCAACCAGGUAGUCUACACCUACCAACAUGGCUCAGUCCACUUGUCAGUGACUUCAUGGAUUUGUGCCAUAUUUUGAUCUGGCCGCCCCUAGCUUUCUUCCAACCUACUCAUAUACCAUAAAACAUCGCUCGUCGAGGCAGUCGGUAGUUGGGCAUACGAAACACGUGUCUCAGCCAUCUCAACUGAUGAAGUUUUACUACUUCACCAAUGGAUUUGCCAUCCUUACCUGGUACCCGUUUCCUAACAACUGCGUUACUUACUCGAUGGUCCCAGGAUAUACGAUACACAAGCUAGAGGUGCUUGAGAUCAGUGAAACACUUUGGACGAAAGUUGGACAACAACGACUAGCUUCAGGGGAGCUUCUGUUAUACUCCGGCCAUGAAGAAGAAAAUGCCCCACAUACACAAGGAGUUGCAUUGAUGCUGUCCAAACAAGCACAAAAUGCACUUAUAGGAUGGGAAUCUCAUGGACCAAGGAUCAUCAAAGCGUCCCUCAAAACAAAGAAAGAGGGCAUUUCAAUGAACGUUAUCCAAUUUUAUGCGCCUACCAACGACUACAAUGAAGACGCUAAAGAUCAAUUCUACAAUAGGCUGCAGUCAAUCGUCGAGAAGUGCCCAACAAAGGACCUGACCAUUUUGAUGGGAGAUUUAAAUACCAAGGUUGGAAUGGACAACACCGGAUAUGAAGCAUCAUCACAAGGAAUGGAUCACUGUUGAUAAACUGGAUAAGAUUCAAGAAAGGAGGAACAAGAAGGCAAUCAAUACCCGCCGAACAAGAGCAGAGAAAACUAAGGCACAAGCUGAAUACACAGAAGUAAACAAGCAAGUGAAGAGGAGCAUUAGAAUCGACAAACGUCAACAUGUGGAAGAUUUAGCAAUGACGGCGGAAAAGGCUGCAAGAGAAGGAAACAUGGGACAAUUGUAUGACACAACAAAGAAACUCUCUGGAAAUCACCGUAAACCGCAUCGACCAGUGAAAAGCAAGGAAGGCAAAGUAAUCACCAACAUUGAAGAACAACGAAACUGGUGGGUAGAACACUUCAAAGAACUCUUGAAUCGACCAGCUCCACUGAACCCACCCACGGACCUCCAAAUGUUGGCCCACCAACAAUUAAAGACAGCAGCAUGGCUGUCAGACAAAUCAAGAGUGGCAAAGCAGCAGGAUCAGACAACAUUCCAGCAGAGGCACUGAAGGCAGACGUAGCGGCAACUGCAAGGAUACUCCACAUUCUCUUCAGCAGGAUUUGGGAUGAGGAACAAGUACCAACAGACUGGAAAGAAGGACUUCUGGUCAAAAUACCAAAGAAAGGCGAUCUCAGCAACUGUGAUAACUACAGGGGCAUCACUCUUCUCUCAAUACAAGGAAAAGUCUUCAACAGGGUAUUGUUAAACAGAGUGAAGGACUCUGUGGACGCCCAACUUCGAGACCAACAGACUGGAUUCCGUAAAGAUCGAUCGUGUACAGACCAAAUCGCAACUCUACGGACCAUUGUGGAACAAUCAAUUGAAUGGAAUUCAUCACUCUACAUCAACUUCAUUGACUACGAGAAAGCAUUUGAUAGCGUGGACAGAACAACACUAUGAAAGCUUUUUCGAUACUACGGCGUGUCUCAGAAGAUAGUCAAUAUCAUACGGAAUUCCUAUGAUGGAUUAAACUGCAAAAUUGUGCAUGGUGGACAGUUGACAAAGUCGUUUGAAGUGAAGACCGGUGUUAGGCAAGGUUGCUUACUCUCACCCUUUCUCUUUCUUCUGGUGGUCGACUGGAUCAUGAAGACGUCAACAUCUGAAGGGAAACACGGGAUAUAGUGGACAUCUAGGAUGUAGUUGGACGAUCUAGGCUUCGCAGAUGAUCUGGCCCUCCUAUCGCAAACGCAACAACAAAUGCAGAAGACUACCAAUGUGGCAGCAGCCUCAGCAGCAGUACGUCUCAAUAUACACGAAGGGCAAAGCAAGAUUCUCCGAUACAACACAGCAUGCACCAAUCCAGUCACAAUUGACGGAGAAGAUUUGGAAGAUGUAAAAACCUUUACAUAUUUGGCAGUAUCAUUGAUGAACAUGGUGCGUGUGAUGCAAAUGUGAGGGCACGGAUCGGUAAAGCAAGAGCAGCAUAUUUACAACUGAAGAACAUCUGGAACUCAAAGCAACUGUCAACCAACACCAAGGUCAGAAUUUUCAAUACAAAUGUCAAGACAGUUCUACUGUAUGGGUCGGAAACCUGAAGAACUACGAAAGCCAUCAUUCCGAAGAUACAAGUGUUUAUUAACAGAUGUCUACGCAAAAUACUUCGAAUCCGUUGGCCAGACAUUAUCAGCAACAACCUACUGUGGGAGAGAAGAAAUCGGAUCUCAGCGGAGGAAGAAACCAGGAAGAAGCGCUGGAAGUGGAUAGGACACACAUUGAGGAAAGCACCCAACUGCACCACGAGACAAGCCCUCACAUAGAAUCCUCAAGGUCAAAGGAAAAGAGGAAGACCAAAGAACGUAUUACGCCAGGAAAUGGAGAAAGACAUGAGAAAAAUGAACAAGCAUUGUAUGGAACUAGAAAAGAAGGCUCAGGACAGAGUCGGUUGGAGAAUGCUGUUCGGCGGCCUAUGCUCCAUUAGGAGUAACAGGCGUAAGUAAGUAAGACACACUGAUGGAAAUGACGUUCUAGUCGACUGAAUUUUCGGGCAUUGAUCUCCUCCUACCAGGAGGUCCACUUACUGACUUAGAAUACGCAGAUGAUAUAGUCCUGUUUGGUGAAGACGCUGACAAAAUGCAGUCUUUCGGUAGCACUGAGCAACAAUGCCAGGAUGUUUGGGAUGCGUUUCUCCCCUCUAAAUGCAAGUUGUUGCUUCAUGAUUGGCCUGUGUCAACACCUGAACUAAGGAUAGGGAAUGAAAUAGUCGAACGCGUUGACAACUUCACUUAUCUUGGAAGUCUGAUCAGCCAUAAUGGGUUGGUGUCUGACGAAAUCUCAGCACGGAUUCGGAAAGCUCGUUUGGCUUUUGCCAACUUACGUCACCUAUGGCGAAGACGAAAUAUCCGUCUAUCAAUAAAAGGACGAGUAUACUGCGCGGCAGUCCGUUCUGUCUUACUUUACGGCAGCGAAACAUGGCCAUUACGAGUAGAAGAUACUCGUAAGCUACUAGUAUUUGAUCACAAAUGUCUUGGAAAUAUUUCCUACAUCUGCUGGGAUCAUUGGGUUAGUAAUAGUGAGGUUAGACGCAGGGUAUUAGGGAGUGAGGGUAAAUCAGUUGAUGGGGUUGUGAAUCUUCAUCGACUGAGAUGGUUGAGCCACAUGUUACGUGUGCUUGAACACCGAUAACCACGACUCGCAAUGUUGACUACUGUUGAGGAUGCUUGGAAGAAAGUUAGGGGCGGUCAAACCAAAACAUGACAUCAGUCCAUAAAGUCACUAACUUCUGGUCUGAGCCGUGUUGGUGGAUGUAUGCUACUUUGUUGGGGUCUACGCGACUAUCGCAACCAAUGGUUGGAGACCCUGUGUGACAUGGCUCACAAUCGCGUCGGUGUAUACAUUCUCUAUAUUCCCUUGAACUGUGAGAUCGAAAUAGCUUCAUAUGUCCCUUUCUAUGAACUAUUUCUUUCUUUCUAUACUAUAUCCUUACACAAAACCAUUCUUUUAUAUAUCACACCAUUGAGUUGACUGUUUUUAUGAAUCCGGUGUUCGUCUUGCUGUGCUAAUGAGGUAUGGCAACUUGGACCGAUGCAUAUAUGUGCUUGGUCCGACGUUGUAGAUGACUGACUGAAAUAGGUGAACCCAAUAAUGUGAUAUGGAUGAGUGAUGAGUACACACAAAAACGAUGUCUGUCCAAAACCAUGGAUGAACUGACAUCGAAGAAAUAACCUCUAAUCAGAAUAGUAAGUUUUUUCUCUGAUAAAAUAACGUACUUAUACACAAAUUAUCGGCAGAAAAAGAACAUGAUUCAAUGUCAUAAAUGAUCGUAGGAUAUCAACUUUGAAGGUCAGUUGCUUACCCAUGACAUAAGACCUGAUAUCAAUGGACAGAUACUUAGUGUAUUAUUUGUUUCACAAGGAAACAGAUAUGACGUACAUAUUCACUGAAAUAAUGGAAAUAAAGACAUUUUAGACGUACUAAGACAGGUCAUAUAAAUUUGUGAAAUUUACUAGGUACUAGAUAAUACAAAUAAGGUAAUCGUUUGCUCACAAAACAUAAAUGGACAGCAGUCACAUACCACUGAAAAACAUUGAUGAUAUCUAAAUAGAAACAGAUUUCUGGUAAUACAACCACGUUAAAAUACCAUACCAGCUUAAGGAAAUUAUAUUGCAACGCACCUUAGAAACCCGUCAUACCUAUCAGACGAUCUGUAGAAAAGGAAUGUAUCUUCUAAGGGACAUGUGGGUGGAGCGACUACAAUAACGACAUUGAAACAUACGACCAAACAUAAAAGAAGAGUAAGCACAGUAGCAAUUGGAUGUAGUGAUGCGAUACCAAAUAACACUGGAAGAAGCAAUGGAAAGACAAUGCGUGCUUGUCUAUACCUUGGUCGAUGUUUUGAAACAAUUUUCGUCACCUGCAUUGACAUAGAAAUACUGAAAAAUAAAUUUCAAAUGGAAAAAUUUAUGUAAAACAUUGUGUCUGUUAAUAAUUAUUUCUAAAACAUACAUGUGAGUAACAAAUGGAUCCCAAGUUUAAGCCCACACCACGUUUUAUAGUCAGGUAAAAUCAGAAGUCGCCAAAUACAAGUGAUUCAUACCAUGACAUUCUUUCGGAACAAAAGAGUAGAUACUGCUGGCUAUCGCAACUUCUUCGUGUGAUGUACUGAUAGUAAUAAUUUUGACUAAGAUUUAUUCCAGGGGGAAGUAAGACACAAAAACUAAAACAUUCGUAAAUCAAUAAGGAUAAAAACCGAAAAAAACAAUCCCGACCGAAGCUGCCACCUUGACGCGGUGGUCGGACUUGCCUAUCGUGAUGACCCAACCGAGCUAUAUUGGCUGGAACAUAUGUUCCUGUAGGUUCUACCAUGCCAGGCAGGUCGAUUAGAGAACGGUAAGACUAAAAGCAGCAACUCAAGGUCUGAGGGCGAAGUCGAACUGCUGACUGUACAGAGGUGUGAUAGCAGUAAGGUGUUUCCCUCAGAAACCAGCAUCUGCAGCGAUGCUGCCUUCCCACAAGGAGGGGUGGGGUUAGAAAAGGUCGAUCCUAAAAAUGUCACACCUCACGGAUUUCCGUCUCCGGUGGUAAGGCCCUUUGAAGAACGGAGCUAACACAUUAAAAACCUUCCACGAAAAGGCCGUGCGCGACCGGCUGAUUGAAACAAACAAUUUAUAGCUUGGAUUACAUUCUACUGAGCACGAAUGAUGAUAGGAUAUUUCAGAUGCUGUUUCGCUAGUCUUUAAUUUUAUGAACUAUGUAUAAUCUUAGCAAUAUUAUUUGGUGAACAGUAACAUGAGUUCAAUAAAAGUUAAAACUGACUGGUGACCAGAAGCUAGUAUUAUUAAAGAAAAAGUGAAUCCAUGGUGCAGAAUUUACGUAGAUUCUGUGGACCCGAUCAGUGGUAUUAAAUAUCUGAUCUCGAAAUGACCGGAAAUUUUCUCCGUGGUACCCCUAAAGCCCCCAAAUGCCCUGGUACGACCGAAGAUGGGAAGAGUUCGCUCCCUCUCUUGAAACGCUCUCACAUGGUCACGCGUAUACAGUCACUAUCAGGGAAGUCUUACUCAUUGUCUUCUGGCAGCGGGGCUGUUGUAUAGGAAAUUGAGAGAACGAAAAGCGAAUGACCGGCGCUUUAACUGCGUUGGUGGGUACAAAAUACCAACCUAGGGGAGUCGAAAAAACCUGAUUCCAAACCAAUGGUGUAUAUGGGCUCCAGGAUUAUGAGGGAACAAAUGGCGUAUGAACCUUUUGUUGGUCACCGGCUACCAUGGGACUACAUCUCCCAACGUCGCUCCAUUACCUUGUGGAUUAGACCUUUAGAAAAAAAGGCUCGAGUGUGACCCCCUAAGAAAGCCAUGUGCUCAAGUUUUGGCGCCUGGGUAGUAUUCUAUCCCUCACACAAAUCGAAUGACAAAGCGUGGCUCAUAUAUAUUCGGUGCCUCCUUAUACCAAUAUUUAUGUGCUUAAAUAAAUAAAUAUAAACUGAACAAUAUACCGAUCAACUUCAAUAAUUAUCGACAGAGCAGUCACCAUAUUAAUGUUAAGUAACAUUGGGCUCAUUAAUACGAUGAAAGGCUUUCAAACUCAUACGGAAUAAAUCAAUACAAAUGGAGGUGCACUGAGAUUAAUUCAGCAGAACUAGCUAUAAAUUAAUUUAUGGACCUUAAGGUUGUUUUCUUCCUAAAUGUCGUACUUAUGGAUUUAAUACCCACAACACCCCUUUCAAAUAACAUAUAACCCCUUGGUUCACUUGAGACUGAACCAUUCUCCGCCGUUGUCGUCUUCACCAUCUUGGACGUAGUCUCACUAAUUCUAAAGGUGUUAUUUCUGUCCUUUCUAGUCUGUUGUUCGGGGGCUGUGGUUGACCGAGUGUGCCUAUUGGUGUUUCUAGAAUCGAGUGGCUUGUUCAUGUAUGUUAUCGACGACACGUGUCUUUGUAAUUGAUUGGGUGUGGAGUCCGUUUGUCUUUUCCAACUUCAUACAUUACCUGACCGAAUCUUCUCGUCACUCACCUUUCUACCUAUGCGUCACGUUUCGAUCUGUAAUGUUGGGAGAACACGAGAGAUCCCAUUCCAAAAUCUGAGACUUUCGGUUUUGUUAUUUUCCCAUAGCUAAUCCUUUCCAGUAGUAGGUGAGGGAUUCUCAAUCUACGACCCGUGAGGAUUCCUGAUUCAGUAGUGCAUCGUUUGGCGAUGAGCGCCCUCCUUUGAUUUUGUCAACGUUGUGUUUGAGGGCGUCCAUAAAUCGCUCUGCUUUUCCAUUUGAUUGAGGAUAUAAUGGCAGUGUACAGAUACGCAUAUCGGAAUUUUGUUGGUAAAAUUCCUGAAGUAGGGGAGGUAAGCUGCUGUCCGUUAUCUAACCUUUAUUGUUGGGCGCUCUGUUCCAGGAAAAAUCCUGUGCCCAGAGGGUCUUUGUUAUUGUGAAGGGUUGUUAGUUAGUUAUUUGUUUGAAUACAUAAGCAUCGGUACAAGGAGACACCAAGUACAUAUGUGCCACACAAUAACAAUCAGGCUAGUAGUAGUUAUUAUUGAUUUGUGUAAGGGCUUUGAUACUUCCAGGGUUUCCAAACCUAAGCAUGUGGCUUUCUUAGGGGGUCACACUCGAGCCUUUUUUUCUAAAGGUCUAAUCCACAAGGUAAUGGAGCGACGUUGGGAGAUGUAGUCCCAUGGUAGCCGGUGACCAACAAAAGGUUCAUACGCCAUUUGUUCCCUCAUAAUCCUGGAGCCCAUAUACACCAUUGGUUUGGAAUCAGGUUUUUUCGACUCCCCUAGGUUGGUAUUUUGUACCCACCAACGCAGUUAAAGCGCCGGUCAUUCGCUUUUCGUUCUCUCAAUUUCCUAUACGACACUCGUGCCGCGAGAAGGCAGUUACAGUAGAUGUAGAUUCAAUCGUUGAAGCAGGUAUUUAUUGCAGCAACCAAGUGGCUUGUUGGUGAAUAACUUCUCUUACAUCCUGCUAACUUUGUGGAUAUGUACGUGGAGAACGGUGCUCAACUACAUAACAAUUGGUCGGUUAUCAGGUGUGGGAUUAUCUACUACUAUGGUCAAUUAUAUACACAGACUUACUUCCUAUAGAUGGUGUAGACUAUUUUAUUUAUUUAUUUAUUUGAACACAUAAAUAUUGGUACAAGGGGGCAUCAAAUAGAUAUGUGUAGACUGCGACAGAUUUGUUGGUUUUGUUCAGUAAACUGACCGGCUGUCAUGCCAAUAGUUUAACUGACGAAAAUACAUUGCGAUCGAAUGCAGAAAAACCCAAGAGUUAAGCAUAACAAUCCUAUAAAUCUUUUGUAGUGAUGCGUCGAAACAGAGAUCGGGGUAUCUGUAGAAUUCAGUAGACAUGGAUGUAACUGAAAUGCAGGCUGAAAACAGUCACGUUCAAUAUCUGCAAUUCAGUUUGCUGGACAUUCAAGUAUAUAUAUUUAUAAAUGCAUAUAAAUAAAUUCGGCACAAGCAAAAACGUUACCGCCGACUUCCACGCCAACACCUAUUGGCAAUCGGUUUGCGGCUGAAAUGUGAAAUUUAAGUCUAUUUUUCAGAUCCACAUAACUAUACGCUGUUCCCCAUUAAAUGUCAUAAUAUCAAACAUGAGUGCUAAUGGUAUGCAGCUAAUGUUAGUCUAAGUCUGAUGCGCGCAAAAACCCACAGAGCAUUGAUACUGGAUCAUCGAGUUUCCAUUCUCCUUUGUCGUCUGAAAAGGAACGUUGGACUCAUGUCUUCAGCAAGAAGGCAUGGACAAAUCCGUAGUUCCACUAAAUGUAUUGGAUUAUUACUUCACAAUCUAGAUGGUCAUGGUGAUGAGAAUAAUGGAUGGUAACUCGAAAACCUUCAUGCGCUACAUCAUUAAGCCUGAAGCUGCUAGCCACUGUACGCUACUUGGUACUACAUCUAUAAGGGCAUUUCAGAGGUGUAAGUCUUAUGGCAGCAUACGAAUAGUGUACGUUUUUGUUUUUAAUCAUUGGGUGCACUAGCACUAUGGUGUUUAUCAUUAAGUACCACACAAAAAGACCCUCAAAAAUCUUGAUAUGUCAAUGUAAGGUCGUUUCUGUGACAUGAGAUACAAACUCAUAGAAAGAAAAGAACGUAAGUUAUAACUAGAUAAUAACCCUUGAUUGCUUUUCUAUAGGUGGUGUCUAUUGUUAACGAACACUUUAUGCAGUUAGGUGUUGGUAACAAAAAAUACGGAAGUGAAAUUAUCAUAAAGUUUCGUUCGUCUUAAAUUCCAGAAUUCAAAAGACGGUUACUAAGAUUCUGAAUAGUAAAAUCGAUGUAGCAAUGGAGCCCUACCGGUUUAUAAAAUUGGUUGUAUUUUAAUCCUAAUCUUCCAACAGACUGCCAUUUAUAUAUGCAUCUACUAUAUCACUUACAUACAGUACGUUGAGGAAAAUUAGACGUAUGUGGUGACAGUGUGUAUGAUUCCAUAUUGGGUUGAAAACUAAGACACAUCCCUAAUAAAUAAUAUCAACAGGCAACUAUGACGUUGUUGCAGGUCUUGGUUAAAAACAAACAAACUUUGCACUAACAAAGAAGAUGUAUGGCAAACGUCGGAGUGUUAUUAGCCUCUUUGUAAACUAUGGUCUCAUUUUCUGUAAAUCAGUGUCUUUACCCAGGUUUAAACUUCAGAAAAUUAAUCUAGUGCUUGAACGUUAAUUUUGUAGUAAAAAUAUAGGCAAACAAAGGAAACAUUUGGACUGAGCACAUAGUAGUGAGUGAACUUCGCGGAAGUUUAAGUGAGUAGUAGGCUAUUUGGUGAGUCAUCUACAACGUCGGACCAAGCACAUAUAUGCAUCGGUCCAAGUUGCCAUACCUCAUUAGCACAGCAAGACGAACACCGGAUUCAUAAAAACAGUCAACUCAAUGGUGUGAUAUAUAAAAGAAUGGUUUUGUGUAAGGAUAUAGUAUAGAAAGAAAGAAAUAGUUCAUAGAAAGGGACAUAUGAAGCUAUUUCGAUCUCACAGUUCAAGGGAAUAUAGAGAAUGUAUACACCGACGCGAUUGUGAGCCAUGUCACACAGGGUCUCCAACCAUUGGUUGCGAUAGUCGCGUAGACCCCAACAAAGUAGCAUACAUCCACCAACACGGCUCAGACCAGAAGUUAGUGACUUUAUGGACUGAUGUCAUGUUUUGGUUUGACCGCCCCUAACUUUCUUCCAAGCAUCCUCAACAGUAGUCAACAUUGCGAGUCGUGGUUAUCGGUGUUCAAGCACACGUAACAUGUGGCUCAACCAUCUCAGUCGAUGAAGAUUCACAACCCCAUCAACUGAUUUACCCUCACUCCCUAAUACCCUGCGUCUAACCUCACUAUUACUAACCCAAUGAUCCCAGCAGAUGUAGGAAAUAUUUCCAAGACAUUUGUGAUCAAAUACUAGUAGCUUACGAGUAUCUUCUACUCGUAAUGGCCAUGUUUCGCUGCCGUAAAGUAAGACAGAACGGACUGCCGCGCAGUAUACUCGUCCUUUUAUUGAUAGACGGAUAUUUCGUCUUCGCCAUAGGUGACGUAAGUUGGCAAAAGCCAAACGAGCUUUCCGAAUCCGUGCUGAGAUUUCGUCAGACACCAACCCAUUAUGGCUGAUCAGACUUCCAAGAUAAGUGAAGUUGUCAACGCGUUCGACUAUUUCAUUCCCUAUCCUUAGUUCAGGUGUUGACACAGGCCAAUCAUGAAGCAACAACUUGCAUUUAGAGGGGGAGAAACGCAUCCCAAACAUCCUGGCAUUGUUGCUCAGUGCUAUCAAAAGACUCUGCAUUUUAUCUGGCGUAAAUGUAGAUCAGAGGUUGACAUUUAGUUGUAUAUUAAGGCGAAAAGCAGACACUCCGCUGAAAAUUCAGCGAAAUAGCUAGGUCAGGAAGACAAAAAUGGCAAAGUCUCACUAUUUUCUCACGUCUGGAAACCAAGGAGGCUUUAAACCACAACACUAGAUAAAAAGCGAUAUCAUCGAGACACUAAAAUAUUAACUUGUGUCAUUAGAUGCUCCGUCAAAAACUGAACAUUGUGGUAAGUUAAAGCAUACAAGGAAAACGAUGUUCUAUACUAAUAUGCUGACCUUGAAGGGGACUGCAGACACCCUUGAUAUGUUUUGCACUACUCAUUUACCACUGGACAACUAAACUAUUUUAAACAAGACACUCUGUAUAAUCCUGUGUUUUUGUGACUAGAUAGUAUUGGAGUUUUUAUAUCUUUCAACUAUCGUAAUUCAUCAACGAUGUUUUCUA